AUGCUCCGGGAAGAGCUUCUUCGGUCUAAGCAAGAUGAGAUCGCACGUUGUUUGUUGUCGCGGAAGCGCAAAUUGAGCGAGCUCUACUUUGCGACCGUAGGCUACGCGGGCGCGACCGACACUUUCGCCGACUCCGCGUAUCAGGAAAAGGAGCAGACCUUUCUCGAUGCCAACGAUAUCACAAAAGGUCGUUGGUUCAACGAAGCCACGCUCCCGCCCCUACCCAGUUAUCCUGAGCCGCCGGUGCGCGAGACAAAAGCAGCCCCAUUACUUGUACCCGCGUCAAUCCCAGCGACUUUCAAUGUUGUUCCGGCUAGCCCGCUCUCGCGAGGGGAGGCUCCUGUGCAUGAAGCUGCUUCGCAAGGAGCUCCUGGGCUUGAAGCACAGAAAGCCACAGCGCCGCAGUUAGCAGAGGAGCAGCUGUCUCGCCACGGCACACAACCGCAUGACAGCAAACCUUUACUUCUACUCGCCCCCGGAGCAUCUGAAGGCUCACAAAAGCUUGAUGGACUUGCUGCGAAGGCAAACCUGCAACAUGGUCAAAAAAGCAUCUCUUUGCCGGAAACUCCUCGCAGCUCCCAGGACUCUAUCGACGGCAUACCACGUGCAGAUCAAACAGACACUGUUAAAGCCGUCUCACCACGCGAGUCAGCCAUCUCCACGCCGAAGCCCCAUCAUGAUCUGCACGAAUCUCCGCUUCCAGGUCGCCCCAUCCAUGUCACCGAACAACCCUUAUCCCCCGUCUCGUCCGCCGGGCCAUAUUCAAAUAACACACCCGCUCCAACUGCUGGAUCGCCAGCCACAAGCGCUACUGAGGAAGCGGCGGAGCCGGCCGAGAAACUUCCUACUCCAAAACCAACAGCGACUGUCCAAGAACAAUCAACUUUUGUUCCGACCACCCCAGAUGAGCAGCUUCGCUUCGAGGAGGCGCAGUCUCUCCAACAAAAUGCUCUCCUGGCGAGCCAAGUCAAAGACGGCGCUGGCGCCGGGCCAUUGGCAAAUCAGGUUAUCUCAAAGGAUCUGCCGUCGACUUCCACGGCGACGAAGGCCACAGAAGAUGCACUAGAAUUCGCUCCGGAAGGAACCCUACCGGAUACCGAGAAAGCAGUCUCGACUAGUGAUGCUACAGCAGAGCCCAAAGCUCAGGCACAGCCAACACCGGUCCAAGAUGUAAGUCAAGCAGAGGUUUCCGCCAAGGAGGCAGCGCCAGCUCCUCAGGCGACCAAGAAAGCAAGUCCACCCGUCCAUCCGACACCUCCAAUCGAGAGAAUGACAACCAGAGUAUCCUCCGGGGCAAUCCGUCACAAGACUGUGUCAGAGAUUUUGGGCGAAGCGCCGAAAACACCAGUUUCCCCGGUUGAAAAGCCACAAGCGGCCGAGAAACCUACUGAUCUGUCACGAGCUGGUAUCGGUAACUAUGCGGACUCUGCAAAGCUACGCCUGAAAGAUAGAAAAGCGCGCGAGAAGGAGAGAAGCAAACGUUCGACUGUUGUCUUUCCAAAACAGCAGCAACAGGAUAAAGGUGCCACUAUGGAUCUUGUCCGCCAACAAUCCGGCGAUCUGGUGAAAAUAAAUGAAGAGCAAGACUAUCUCUUUACUUUAUUCCAGAAUAAGGCCUACGCUCCACCCCGGAGUACUACUCUGUCUGCGUUGCUCUCCUCGGCACAUAAAACUUUAUCGACGAAUAACCAUCUUCUAGACUAUCAGGAACAGAUGGAUUGUCGUAUUUUACGCCGCAUAUAUGAUCUUCAGCAUGCCAACAGAUGGCCUCUGCGUCAGUUGAAACGCUCUGCUGAACCACCUCGGCAGGGGUCUCAUUGGGAUGUCCUUCUAGACCAUAUGAAAUGGAUGCGGACAGAUUUUCGGGAAGAACGUAAGUGGAAGCUUGCUGCAGCGAAGAGUUGUGCGGAUUGGUGUGCCGAGUAUAUUCACAGUGAUCCCGAAUCGCGGUCGAUGUUGCGCGUCGAAGUCAGGAUACCACCAAGAGAAUCCCAAAGGAAGAACGAACCACAAGCCACUGCAAUGGUUUCCCCUGCAGCGGAUUUGGGGAACGACGCCAUGGAAAUUUCUCACCCUACGCCAGAUUUGGUGCCUUCGAAUGAAGAAGAAGAUUCGGUCAGUGAAGGGUUCGUUGAUGAACCACGACAUGAUAUACAUGACACUGUUGCUCCAGCAGCCAUUUUCUCCUUGGGUUCUGAUGAGUUCACGUUCUCCUUGGACAUGACGCCGGCGGCGCAAAAACUUCUGGAUGAAUUACCUAUUUACACACCUGUUCAGAUUGCUCCAGAUACACAUCUUCCAACUUUCAAAGAGCCUCCAGAUAGGUCGUGGAAGACUGAGAUUCUUCCCGUUUCCAAGUAUGCUCGCGGGAAGAUUGUGUUCCAUGAGAAUGAACCAGCCAGAAAACGCAGCCGCUAUGACUAUUCGCAAUACGACUCUGGCUCUGAGCAUCCUGUCCGGGAUCUUCCGCCCGAACAGACAAACGUUGCCCUAUUUCAGCCGGAGAACAGGCAUAUUCGCGAUCGCAUUCAUCCAGCCCAACCUUUUAGACCACCCACCGAGUAUCCCAUGCCCUCUCUCGGCUUUCUGGAAUCAAGACAAUCGUCUCAGUGGACUUACGCCGAAGACGAAGAACUUCGCAGCCUUGUCGAGGAGUAUUCGUAUAACUGGUCGCUGAUAUCUAGCUGUCUUACUCCACCAUCCCAGUUCACGUCCGGCGCGGAGAGGCGAACACCUUGGGAAUGCUUUGAGCGCUGGGCAGGAAUAGAAGGCUUACCUUCUGACAUGUCUAAAACACCGUAUUUCAGGGCUUAUCACCAACGGAUUGACACUGCCCAGCGUAAUGUUAUGGCACAACAGGCUGCUGCUCAGCAGCAGCAGCAACAACAACAGCAGCAGGGCAAUGGCGGCGGUAGUCAGCCGCCCAUGCCUUUGAUCCGCAGGAGAGGUACACAGCCUAUCCGGGUUGACCGUCGGAGGUCUUCCAAGCACUUGGCGCUCCUCGACGCUAUGAGGAAGCUCGCCAAGAAACGGGAGACUAUACUGCAAAAGCAGCAACAUGCUUCACAGCUCGCUUCGCUGAGAAAGGCCAACGAGGCUAACCAGCCGAAGCCUCCGAUAUCAUCCCCCGCGGAGUUCAGCCGUCUGAAGCAUGAACGUGAACUCAAACUUCAAGAGAGACAGGAGCAAUACCGCCAGCAAAUGAUUGCUCAACAGAGGGCGAGCCUAGCGGCCCGUGCUGGUCAAAUGCCCAACCAGCAGCAAAUGAUGAAUGCUCCUGGGCGAGCGCCCAACCCGAUGCCUCAUAACUCUAACGCUCCUUCUGUCGCGACCAAUACUCCGAAUGGUCUACCAAACGGAAUGCCGAAUCCAUUGGCUAAUAUGCCGAAUGGGGUACCACAAGGUGUUGGCGUCAAUCAGGCUAGACCUCAUGUUCAGGGAAUGCAGGGAAAUGGUGGGGUGGUGAAUAAUCAGAUGCCUCCUAACCCCAUGGCUAUGAAAAUGAUGCCACAGACUGGGAUGCAGCAAAACAACGGCGCCCGUCCCAACAUGCCAAUGCAAGCGUCCCCGGAUAAUGCUCGGGUGAUCCGAGAGGCCAAUCGCCUCCAAGAGCAACAGCGGCUCCUACAAUCCAGACAGCAGCCUCCCCAGCAUUCACUCCAGCAGCAACAAGCACCGCAACAGCAGAACCAGCAGCAACAAUUGUCCCAGCAGCCCCAGCAAGCCCAGCAACAGUUCCACGCCCAGCCCCAGUUUGUGUCCCAAGGAUCCAACUCUCCCAACCUGAACAUGCCCACUGUGAACGGUACUCCAAACAACCAAGCCAUGAUGGCAGCUCUCCAGGCGGGAGGCGGAAUGCAAAGUCCACCCUUCCAUAACACUACAACCCAAGGCGUUUCUACACCUUCCCCGCGCAUGGGCCAACCGAACACCCAUUCAGGUGGAGCUGUGCCGACAACCAUCAGCGCGAUCCAGAACCAGAUCCAAAAGGGCAAUCCAAACAUGCCAAUAGAGCAAGUCAGACAACUAGCCACGGAACAACUCCAUCGGUACUCGCAGCAACAGCGAAUGUCCCAGGUUGCCAUGAACGCAGCGGCGGGUAAUCUUGGCGUGCAGCCCAAUUAUCAAAUCCCUCAUGAUGGUAAUUUCCAACCAGCUCAAGCAGGCAUGAACGGCACUCCGAACAUGCAGGUUCCACAGGCCCAGGGAUUUUCUCCCAUGAUGCGAGUCUCUCAACCUGCUCAGCAAAACCGAGUGGGAACUGGGAGUUCCCCUGCGAUGGGUGUAGCUGUGCCUCAACAGAGUCGAAGCGCGACUCCGCAAACUCAACGCAGUGGCAGCAUUCAGACAGGUCCCAUUCCAGGCGCGAGCAAGAGCCCAAACCAUCCUCAAACUCAAACUAUGGGUGCAUAA